AUGUCGAAACAUAUGUUAAGUAUUGGUUCUGAUUCUAAGCCUCCAGUUGUUGCUUUUGGAGAAUAUUUGCAAUGGAAAGUUCGAAUGGUUCAUUUCCUUGACAAUAAGGAUGAGAAUAUUAUGAAAUCGAUAAAGAAUGGACUUCUCAUUAGUUAUAUGGAUCUAUCUGAGCAGACUACCGCUAAUGGGAUAGUCGUGCUUGCUUCCAAGAUAAAGAAAGAUCCACAACACUAUACUAAAACUGAAAAACAAAGGGUCCUUAUUGACAAGAAAGCUUUGACUUAUAUGUUAAUGGCCAUUCCUAAUGAACUUUUUAACAGAGUUGACAGCAGAGGCUCAGCAAAAGAGUUGUGGGAUGAGUUGGAAAAACAUAUGUUAGGAAGCGAAAAGUCUAUUCAGACACGGAUGAAUCAGUGCGCCAGUGCUUAUGAGGGAUUCAGGGCACAUGAGAAUGAAUCCAUUCUUGAAUCCUACAACAGAUUCAAUGUAAAUCUGAAUGACUUGAGAAGGAAUGGUAUUCAGAAAUCCAUGUUUGAAAUAAAUUAUAAGUGUUUGAAGAAUUUGAGGUCAGAGUGGUACUCUCUUGUAGUGAAUCUACAAAUGAACAAGAAUAUGUCUGAAGAAGACAUUCAUGAUAUAUACAGUAUCCUGUACGAGCAUGAGGAAACUGUUAGAGAGUUAAUGACUGAAAAAGAAGAAGGUGGUUAA